UACUGGUGCGGACCGCUCGCGUUCAUCAUCAUCGGAGAGACACACGGACACAAUGAGAGGACAGAAGCUGCAUUGAUAACCAGUCUACUACUGAAGCGGCACUGAUGUGGAGCUGGUGUUUGAAGAGCAGGCCGGGGAUGCAGUGAGAAUCGAUUGGCACUGUGAUAAAUGCAUCUGAAUCUGCAGUAGGGCAUUAGUGAGGUAUUGUCUUAAGAUUUCAGUUUCUGUCCUUACGAUGGAUUUCCCUUUCGACCUGAAUGCGCUGUUCCCCGAGAGAAUUACCGUGCUGGAUAACAACUUGAGUGCAGCUCGGAUAGUGCAUGGGAGACCAGAUCCUCUUCUUCAGAUCAGCACAGUUAUAGAUGAGCUGGGCAAAGCCUCCUCUAAGGCCCAGCAGCUGCCUGCUCCUAUAACCAGUGCAGCGAAGCUCCAGGCCAACAAACACCAUCUCUACCUCCUGAAAGAUGGAGAACAGAACGGCGGGAGGGGUGUUAUCGUUGGAUUUCUGAAGGUUGGCUACAAGAAGCUCUUUUUACUUGACCAACGGGGGGCGCAUUUGGAGACCGAGCCUUUAUGUGUGCUGGAUUUCUAUGUGACUGAGACACUGCAGAGACAUGGAUACGGGCUCGAGCUCUUUGACUUCAUGCUGAAACACAAACAGGUGGAGCCUGAACAGAUGGCGUACGAUAGACCUUCUCCUAAAUUCCUGUCAUUUCUAGAAAAGCACUGUGAUCUCAAGAACAGUGUGCCUCAGGUGAAUAACUUUGUGGUGUUCAGUGGAUUCUUCCAGAGUAGAUCAGCGGUCCAGUUGAGAAAAGUCCUGCCAAAAAAGCCAGAGGGAGAGAUCAAACCAUAUUCACUAAUGGAAAGAGAAGUGGUUCGGGAGGAACAGAGGGUUCUCCCCUGGCCGUUCGUACGCCCCGUGGGUCCCCCCCACUCUCCCCCUCUGCUUCCCUCAUCUCCGCAAUCCCGUUCGCUCAGUGUGGGAUCCUCCCCCAGCCGGGCCCCACUCCGCCCCGCCGCGGCCCCCGGGACCCCCUCCUCCCAGCUCAACGACAGCUGCAGGGCAAAACGCACCAGCCAUCAGGGUCUGGUUGCCAGGAGCAGCCUCUACAGUCGCCAUAUCAACAGCCGAGACCUCGGGCAAUUAUUGGUGGAACAGCAGAACCCCUUGAAGCUUCCAGCUGUGGUGUGUGCUUCCUCAGGGCUGAAAGCAGAGCUCUGUGAGCGAGUGUGUGACACAGGGGCAAACGCAGAUGCAGAGGAACACAAACACACUUCAGAAAGACCGCAUCUUCAAGGCCAGGUUGUGUCCCUUCCGAAAAUUGCCGCCACUAAGAAAGAUCAUGUUCAGGAGCAGACCUCCAUAACACCCCUGGACCGCAAAGAAGAGCUGCAGAGCAAAGUGUCACAGAACAGAGCAGAGGACUGGAGGAAAGGUGGAGCGGCUGAGGUGGAGAGGGGCGGAGGGAGAGGCGGAUGGUCCUGGACAGUUGGGGAGAGCCGAUGUACGGCCCAGUGGGUCCGACAGAAACAAGAGUAUCGCAGCACCCGGCCCUGGUGACGGAAGAUGGUGGAAGGCAUAGUUCACUCAGAAAUUAAGUUAAUCCUUAAUUACUCACUCUCAUGUUGUUCCAAACCCAUAAGAUCUUUGUUCAUCUUCAGAACACAAAUUAUGAUAUUUCUGAUGAAAUCCGAGAGCUUUCUGAUCCUGCUUGGACAGCAGUGUAAUUAACACGAUCAAGGCCCAGAAAAUGAAUAAGGACAUUGUUAAAAUAGUCCAUGUGACAUCAGUGCUUCAACCUUAAUUUUAUGAAGCUACGAGAAUACAUUAUGUGUGUGAAGAAAUAAAAGAUAAUACAUUUUCUGAUGUAGAACGCGGAUGAACUGCACAUUGUUUACAAGCAGAAGAAUUUGUGAAUGCACAUUGAAGACUGACACAGAAGAGAAGGAAUUGUUGAAUAGUCAUUUAUCAUUUCUUUGUGCACAAAAAUGUAUUCUCGUAGCUUCAUAAAAUUAAGGAUGAACCAUUGAUGUCAUGUGGACUAUUUUAACGAUGUCCUUACUACAUUUCUGGGGCUUGACCGGGG